AUGGACGGGUUACGGAAAGGCGUCGCAGAGCUAUAUGAGGACGGAGAUUUCACCGACUUCACGAUCCGUUGCGGCCAACACACAUUCUCAGUCCAUAAGAUGGUGAUCUGUGCGCAGUCAAGGUACUUUCGCCCGGCUUGCAGUGAGCAAUUCGCGGAGGGUAGCAAAAAAAGCAUAGAUUUGAAAGCGAGCGGAAGCGACCACGACGACGACGGGUGUGAUGAUGCGGAGGCGAUCAAUUUGAUGGUUCAUUUCUUCUACUAUGCCGACUAUGAAGCCCCUGCAUUGUCAGACUUGCCCACCACUCAAAAAGUUACAAAGCCAGCCGUAAAGACUUCCUACAAGACUGGCUUCUUCCCAGCUGAUGCACGAAAGGUCGGCAAGAAAAGUAAAUCCAUGCCAUCGCAGUCAGAUGAAGAGGAUGACGAGAGUGUGGUUCCAUCUGAUGGCAAUGUGGUGAUGCAUGCCAAGGUCUUCGCCGCUGCCACCAAGUACCAGGUCUUCUCGCUGCAGGCUUUGGCAUCCUCGAAAUUCAAAGCCGCGGUCAAGCUGAGUUGGAGUCAUCACGGUUUCGUGGAAACCGCUCGGAUUGCUUAUACCACAACGCCAGAAGACGUUCGUGCUUUGCGCGAUAUUGCGGCACUGACUCUGCACAGCCAUGACAGUCUACUAGACAGUGCGAGGAUUCAAGGGCAGAUGCUUGAGGUUCAGUCGUUGCCUUUCAAACUGCUGCGCAUGGCUCGUUGUAAAACGGCAGUGGUCGUCCCAGUGGAUGCGGAGGGUCUGAAGUGCGAGGCCUGCGGACAGGCUCCAUUCUUUGUCCAGUGUCCGGAUUGCGGAGGAGAAUUUUUCGGCUGCUGCAGUGAUUCCUGCCAGUGCAUCAACUACUGA